GCCGCGCGCAGGGACGCUCUGCUCCGCUGCUCAGCUAGAGCCAGCGAGAGGCUCUGUAUCCUCCAGUGUCCUCUCGCCCGUUACUCGGGUAAGGGGUAGUUCGCCGGGGGUCACGGACCAGACAGACCCCAGGUCGGGUCCGGGAACCCCGAGAAGAGAACCCAGACCCACGGCCGCCCCUGGUGGAGGCGGCGCGUCGGAGAUUCGGAGGCGUCAGCAGCUCAGCCUGACGCCUAGGAUCCCAUCCCUUGUCAAAGACCAGGCCAUGGAAGCCAUGUUCCCACCAGUCAGUGGGAAGGAGCUGCUCUCGUUUGAGGAUGUGGCGAUGUACUUCACCAGAGAGGAGUGGGGCCACCUCGACUGGGGUCAGAAGGACCUCUACCGAGAUGUCAUGCUGGAGAACUACAGGAACAUGGUCUUGCUGGGAUUUCAGUUCCCCAAACCUGAGGUGAUCUGUCAGCUGGAGAACUGGGACGAGCAAUGGAUCCUGGAUCUACCGAGAGCUGGGAGUAGGAAGGCUUCCGGUAGUGCUUGCCCAGGUUCUGAAGCCAGACACAAGAUGAAAACGCUAACUCCAAGACAGAAAUUUUCUGAAGAUUUAGAGUCAUAUAAGAUAUCAGUGGUAAUGCAGGAAUCAGCCAAGAAACUUUCAGAAAAGUUACAUAAGUGUAAAGAAUUUGUGGACAAUUGCAAGCUGAGUUUCCCUACUAGUGGCGAUGAAUACAGCAGGGGCUUCCUUCAAAACCUUAACCUUAUUCAAGAUCAGGAUGCGCAAACAAGGUGGAAGCAGGGCAGCUAUGAUGAGGAUGGGAAACCCUUCAAUCAAAGAUCUUUGCUUUUGGGGCACGAGCAAAUUCUCACAAGAGCCAAGUCUUAUGAAUGCAGUGAAUGUGGAAAAGUCAUUAGGCGUAAGGCAUGGUUUGAUCAACAUCAAAGAAUUCACUUUUUAGAGAAUCCCUUUGAGUGUAAGGUAUGUGGGCAAGCCUUCAGACAGCGGUCAGCUCUUACAGUCCAUAAACAGUGUCACCUGCAAAACAAGCCAUACAGAUGUCAUGACUGUGGAAAAUGUUUUCGGCAGCUCGCAUAUCUUGUUGAACAUAAGAGGAUUCAUACCAAAGAAAAACCCUACAAAUGUAACGAAUGUGAAAAAACAUUUAGUCAGAAUUCAACCCUUCUUCGACAUCAGGUGAUCCACAGUGGAGAAAAACCCCAUAAAUGCCUUGAGUGUGGAAAAGCCUUUGGCCGGCAUUCAACCCUACUAUGUCAUCAACAGAUUCACAGCAAACCGAACACCCAUAAAUGCAGUGAAUGUGGACAGUCCUUUGGUCGGAAUGUGGAUCUCAUUCAGCAUCAAAGAAUCCAUACAAAGGAGGAAUUCUUUCAAUGUGGAGAAUGUGGGAAAACGUUCAGUUUUAAGAGGAAUCUUUUUCGACAUCAAGUCAUUCACACCGGAAGCCGACCCUACCCAUGUAUUAUAUGUGGAAAAUCUUUCAAGUGGCACACAAGCUUUAUUAAGCACCAGGGCACUCACAAAGGACACGUAUCCACGUGAUACUAACUGGAAAGCAGUCAUUGAAGGACUAGGACUUAACCUCUACUUCAAGUGUGUGUCACUUGAUUUUUUUCAUGAAAAGCAAUAAAUGUAACUAAAAGGGUUUUUCUA